GACAGUAGCAACAACAGGCGCCACCAGUCUUGUUUCCAGCACCACUCGUUCAGCCACAACAACCUUGGACAGAACUACUGCUGCAAGUACCCCUAGUGCUCCCACAACCAAAAACAUUCAGACCACAAAAGAUGCGAGCACAAAAAGCAUGGCCAACACUGACACCACCACCAUCAUCACAACUGCCCCUGCAAGUACCAGUAGUGUUGUCCCUCUGAACAUUACAGCACAGACCACACAGGGACAAAACUCUGACAGUAACAGUACGGCCACAACAGUUGGUGAAUUUCCCACUGCAAACCCCACAGAUGGAUCGAGCUCUAACACCGGGGAAUUCAGUACCACGGCUGACUCCACCAAUGCUGGAGACGUCCCUGGAAACUCCACAGGAAACUCCAACACUACAACAGACACAGGAAGCACGUCAGAUCAGACAGUAGUCAUCGUUGUGGUAGUGAGCAUCAUCCUGUUGUUCAUGCUGUGCACGGGAUUCUGUCUCUUCCUCCUCAGUGACUGGAGUUGUACGCAGCCCAAAGCCGCAGCAGGAAAACGCAGGGGCUGUUCGUGCAGUUGCCUCCGCUGCUUCUCUCGGCAGGACUUCCGGGACACGUCCGCGUUCUCCCCCUCCAAGUCCGAGUCCCACGAGGCCCUGGAGAUGGACAUGACUCGCGUGACGGAAGUCGGCAGCUACAACAACACCAGCACCCUGCACUGGUCCACGGGAAACCAACACUCCUUCCACAGGUACAUGGCACCCCAAAAUCUCGACAAUGAUGAAGGAAGCUCCUACACAACUGGAGAUCCAGGAAUCAGAAGAAACCCAUUGAGAGGGGUCAUAGAGAUGCUACCAGAUGCAAGCCGCUCCAAGAAGUAUUCGGAAGCCAUCAACCUGGACAUAUUUCAGCAGGGCGAGGAUGAAACUGGACGCGACAGUCCGACGGGAGAUGAGGUCAGCGAAACGAGUAACCACACCAUGGUGACCGAGGUGUCCAUCCACACUCACGAGCACAACGAAAGGUCAUCGCAGAGGUCAAGCAACAGCGACCAGGCUGCGGGAGGGGGGCAGCAGGAGCUGGCUGCAGAACAGACUGUACCAAAGAGAUCGCAGGGGAGGAAAAGAGGUGUUUACAUGAGUGAGUCUGACGUUUCUGAUGACAGCAAGAACAGAUCCUACAGCCAGAGCGUAGCGGAAGCCAUGAGAACAUUCGACAGCACUGCUCUGGCACAGUACCACGAAGAGGAAGAGCAAAAAGACCAAAUGAUGACAACUGAACUUUGAACUUGCUUCUAGGAGUGCAAAAAUUCCAUGGAAUGAAAGAGCACCUUUUACAUUGGUUUUAGUACCUUGAAUUCGAAUAUUUUAUUUUCAAUCCAGUUCGAUAGACAGAGGGUUUCUGCAAUGUUUUGAGUCCGCAGUUGAAACAAUAACGAAUAGAACGAAAACCUUAAGAAUAAAACCACCACAAUUAUUUCCAAAUUCACAGUAUUUGAAGGUUGUCUGACCAAAGUCUAGUAUGUAUAUUGAUAUUUUGACUUGCUUUUUCCUGCCUUGUUAUCAUCAUAUGAGAUUCUGUUAAUACCAAAAACAAUGAACCUUAAUGUGGUACUUUCAAGGCCAUGUUGACUUGAUUAUAUGGAUGAGGUCCUCUGGGUUUGAACCUUAUUUCUUAUGUUAUCAUUUUCUGAUGUAUUUUACGCACACACGCGCACAUAUAUAUAUAGAGAGAGAGAGAGGGGGGGGGCAACACUUCCUGUAUGUACGAAUACUUCAUAUAUGUACAAAAUAUGGUAUCUGUUGAAUAAGAAUAUUUCUUGCUUGUGGUGGUUUCUAUCAAUGAUGUUUCUAAACCAACGAAAAGCAGCUGCUAUUACUUUAAGUCGACUCACAAGUGGAAUGCAGUGUAAAAUUCCCGAUGUACAGAAAGUGAGAAAUGGAAGGAAAUGUGAUGCAAACUGAAAUGGAAUCAUUAACGAAACAACACUAUGGAAGUUUUAAAAAUAGAAAUAAAAGUAGACGGUAAA